CGAGAGGAUAAGUUGAGGGGAACAUGGCGACGUCUAAUUUGCUGAAGAACAAAGGCUCCCUUCAGUUCGAGGACAAAUGGGACCAGAUGCGUCCCAUCGUGCUGAAGCUCCUACGACAGGAGUCCGUCACCAAGCAGCAGUGGUUUGACUUGUUCUCAGACGUCCAUGCUGUGUGUCUGUGGGAUGACAAAGGUCCAGCUAAGAUCCACCAGGCCCUCAAAGAGGACAUCCUAGAUUUCAUCAAACAAGCACAAGCGCGGGUGUUGAGUCAUCAGGACGACACAGCGCUACUGAAGGCCUACAUAGUGGAGUGGAGGAAGUUCUUCACGCAGUGCGACAUCUUGCCCAAACCUUUCUGCCAGCUGGAGAUCACUCUGAUGGGGAAGCAAGGGAGCAACAAGAAGUCUAACGUGGAGGACAGCAUCGUCCGCAAGCUGAUGCUGGACACGUGGAACGAGUCCAUUUUCUCCAACAUUAAGAACAGGCUACAAGACAGUGCUAUGAAACUGGUGCACGCUGAGAGACUGGGAGAGGCCUUCGACUCCCAGCUGGUCAUCGGCGUGCGGGAGUCCUACGUGAAUCUUUGCUCCAACCCCGACGACAAGCUGCAGAUCUACAGAGACAACUUUGAGAAGGCGUACAUGGAUUCUACCGAGCGCUUCUACAGAACACAGGCCCCAGCUUACCUCCAGCAAAAUGGCGUCCAAAACUACAUGAAAUAUGCUGAUUCAAAGCUGAGGGAAGAGGAGAAACGUGCACUGCGAUACUUAGAGACGAGACGGGACUGUAACUCUGUACAAGCACUCAUGGAAUGUUGCGUCAACGCUCUAGUAACGUCCUUCAAGGAGACCAUCUUAGCCGAGUGCCCGGGCAUGAUCAAACGCAAUGAAACCGAGAGUGAGUACGGCAGGACCGCUCCCACCAAAGGCACAGCCAGCUCAGCCAUGAUGAAGUCCUCAGACAUCAGACAAAAGCUGGAAGUGGGGAAUGGAGAGUUACAUCUGAUGUUCUCUCUGAUGGACAAAGUGCCCAGCGGGAUCGAACCCAUGCUGAAGGACCUGGAGGAUCACAUCAUGAACGCUGGCCUGGCGGAUAUGGUGGCCUCAGCAGAGACAAUCACCUCCGACUCAGAGAAAUACGUGGAGCAGCUGCUCACCUUGUUUAAUCGCUUCAGUCGACUGGUGAAAGAAGCUUUUCAGGACGACCCACGCUUCCUCACAGCCAGAGACAAAGCGUACAAAGCUGUCGUGAACGACGCCACUAUAUUUAAGUUAGAACUUCCUUUGAAACAGAAAGGGGUAGGUCUGAAAACUCAACCAGAGUCAAAAUGUCCAGAGCUGCUGGCCAACUACUGUGACAUGCUCCUGAGGAAAACGCCGCUGAGCAAGAAGCUCACGUCUGAAGAGAUAGAAGCCAAGCUCAAGGAAGUGCUGCUGGUGUUGAAGUACGUCCAGAACAAAGAUGUGUUCAUGCGCUACCACAAAGCCCACCUGACCCGACGCCUCAUCCUGGACAUCUCAGCGGACAGCGAGAUAGAGGAGAACAUGGUGGAGUGGCUCAGGGAAGUAGGAAUGCCCGCUGACUAUGUCAACAAGCUCGCCAGAAUGUUUCAGGACAUCAAAGUAUCGGAAGACCUCAACCAAUCGUUCAAGGAAAUGCAUAAACACAACAAACUGGCUUUACCAGACGUCCAUGUUCGUUCCCUCGCAGCGGACUCGGUCAACAUAAAGAUCCUAAAUGCCGGAGCCUGGUCGAGGAGCAGCGAGAAGGUCUUUGUGUCUCUUCCCACGGAGCUGGAGGAUUUGAUACCAGAGGUAGAAGAUUUCUAUAAGAAGAACCACAGUGGGAGGAAGCUGCACUGGCAUCACCUCAUGUCCAACGGCAUUAUAACAUUCAAGAACGAGGUGGGUCAGUACGAUCUGGAGGUGACCACCUUUCAGCUGGCCGUGCUGUUUGCCUGGAACCAGAGGCCCCGGGAGAGGAUCAGCUUUGAAAACCUAAAGUUAGCCACCGAGCUGCCGGACGCAGAGCUGCGACGCACUCUCUGGUCUCUGGUGGCGUUUCCCAAACUGAAGCGUCAGGUGCUGUCGUACGAGCCGGUGGUGUCGUCGCCCAAAGACUUUACAGAAGGAACACUAUUCUGGGUCAACCAGGAGUUUUCUCUCAUAAAAAACUCCAAGGUUCAGAAAAGGGGGAAGAUUAACCUGAUUGGUCGGCUGCAGCUCACCACGGAGCGAAUGAGGGAGGAGGAGAACGAGGGCAUCGUCCAGCUCAGGAUACUAAGAACACAGGAGGCGAUAAUCCAGAUCAUGAAGAUGAGGAAGCGCAUCAACAACGCCCAGCUGCAGACGGAGCUGGUGGAGAUCCUCAAGAACAUGUUUUUACCACAGAAGAAGAUGAUCAAGGAGCAGAUCGAGUGGCUGAUCGAUCACAAGUACAUAAAGAGGGAUGAGACCGAUAUAAACACCUUCCUCUACAUGGCCUAGCGCGACACGUCGGGAUGACUUGUGUUGACUGUGGUUUCAGUGGAUCACGCCUGAUGGACACUAGAGUACUUCCAGGCUUCCCGUCCUCUAUUUAGAAUAAAAAAAUCCAAUACAUUCAGAAAACUUGUGCAGGGAGGCAUGCAUCUAACACUGAGACCUAUUUAAAAACUAAAAAAAGUGGAACUUCCUGCCUUAAAGUUGUACAAAGAAAAACAAAAAAAAAGACAAGAAUGCAAACGUUGCAUUUGGGAGUCUGCACCAGGCGGUUCCACGUGUUUUUAGAUGGAGGGAGUUUCCUUUGCUGUCCAGAUGAGGCCGCUCAAUGUUAAUGGUGAGUUUCUGAUGCCAUGGUUGUGUCGUCUGGGCGGCUGCUACAACAAGUCUAGAGGCACGCCGACAGGGAAGGAAGUUUGGAGCUCAAAAUAUCUGCUGUCCAGUUUUUAAUCCACGUCAAAACCUGCACCGACUUAACCGAGAGAGAACACAGCAGGGGGGUGCUCGUCACUCGAGGGCGCCGAAUCGGUGCGUCGCCGAGGCCCUGGCGCUGUCGGGACACUCUGGGGUCAGAGGUCAACCGAUCAAGCUCUUAAUCCAGACAGUCAGUGUGUACAAAUAGCCAGAUAAGCACUUCACAGUUUGCCGGACUGAGCCCGACAGCGACGUAGACUCCGACUCUUAACCGCGUCCAGCCUCUGUCCCUUGGGUUUACAGAAAUAAGGACAAGGUGGAAAGGAAAUGAGCAUAUUGCUGUAAAUCCAGAGUCUGUCUCCCUCUAUCAAACGUGCCCAGAGGCAGAGGGGGUGUUGGGAGUUGAAACGGGAGCUCAGCUCAUGUUUCUGCAGGAAGCCUGGGAGAAGAGGCUGAGGUCAGUAUUACACAUGGUAAAUACUACAAUUCAAACUUUAUAGGAGAGAGUACCAUGAGAUGUGAAUAAUGAAAUGGUUAAAUAAACAGCACCUUAUUAUAAAACAA